AUGAAUUAAGAAGAAUCAAUAGCUUGUCUUUAUAAACGAUUUUAAAAGUUUUAAUAAGUUCACCCUUAAGAAAUAUCAGAAAACGUGAUUGAAAAGGUCGAAUCUUUAUAUUAGGAUCUUGCAUUUGAUAAAGAUGUAAGCAGACUAAAGGUAAGUAGGGAAACUAAGGAAAAAAUAUUUAGACAGACCAUUCUGAUUUACAUGUCUCAACCAAAAAAAACAGGCUCCAUUGAUAUUAAAAUGAAGGAUGAGUCAACUUGGAAAACAAGAAAGUUAACUAUAGAUAUUGAUCUAUGCGAAUUGAUAAUUGUGUCAGAUAAAGAAAUCAUUCUCAAUUUACGAUUCUUUGAAAUCUAAAAUCCAAUUUCAGAUAACAAGAGAUUCAAAUUUUUACUUUUGCAUAAAUCUCUCUCUUAAAACUUUUGGUUUGCUGAUGAUGAUAAAAAUUAUGUUAAUUAAUGGUUUAAUGAUAUUAAAUAAUGUGUUUAUUAAGGCAGAAGGGGAAGACGAUAUGAGACUAUGACUGUUGAACCUAUGGCAAAAGAUAUCAAUUUGGACUUAUUGAAAUAAAUGGAUAGGGAGAGACCUAGUAUAAACCAAGGUUUAUUUUAUUCUUAAGACUUAAAUCAAUAGAAACACUAUUCAAUUAAUGAAUUCGAUAAUCAAUAGGCAUUUAAUUAAGGAGAAUCCAAAAAUUAAAAUUAGAUUGACAAAGAAAGAAUAAUAUUUUUAUAAUAACCUCUUGGAGAAUCAGCAAUUUUAAAUUAAAACUUACCAAUACAAAAUGAUACUCCUAUAGAGUAACCAGAAUUAACGUUAAUAUUCAAAGAUCUGAAAUAUAAAUUAAGCUACGAUUAUUUGAUGGAUGAAUCUGAUUUUAAUCUCUAUUUGUUUGAAGAUUCAAUAAGAAUUAUGCAGAAUAAAAAUGACUGUUACAACUUUAGAAUAUUUCUUCCCAUUACUGAUGCUACUGUCAAUAGUUUAAUCUUGGCUUUGUAUGAUACAAAAACAUAAACAAAAUGGAAUAAAUAAAUAAAAAGUAUCGAGUAAUUGGAAACUGUAGGCUCAACAACAAUCAAAAUUAAGGAAACUAGAGAACCAUUUGGUUACUUUUAUAAGCCAAGGACAUUCAACUAUGUUAGGUAAUUUUAUUGCAAUUACAAUGAAAUAUAUGUCAUAGACAAAUCAGAUGAUAAGGGUAACAAUAAUAUACAUUGGAAUAUUUGUGCUGUGUUUAUCUCUUAACAUACUCCUAAACUAUUCGUUGUUGAUACUAAGACAAUUAAUGGUGGAUAUAUGACAUAGUACUAAGAUUUAUAACUAACCAUUCAAUAUUUAAAAGAGUAUGUGCACCUAAUUUAGUAUGUUAUGGAAUUAAAAUUAUAAAAAUAAGCACCAUAAUUCAUUUUAAAUUUAAUCAAUAUUUAUGAGAGUCGUCCAGUUAAAUCUAAAAAUAUUCAGCAAUUGGUUAUCCCAGAAAAUGUUCAGAAUACUACAACUAAUAAUUACAUGCAUAAAUCAUAACCAUAAAUAGAGCAGGAAAAAGACUAUGAAUUAACAAGGUAGGAUUCAAUAUCUUAUUUACAAAUAAAAUAGAAAUAUUAAUCGAAGUUUCAAAAUUAUUCUGACUCCAAGUAAACUAGUUCUUAGUAGAUAAGUGAUGAAGACCUUAUAUUAAUUAGAAAAUUAAACGAAGAAAGAAUAAUUAAGAAAGAUACAACAAUAGAAUAAAAAUAGAUGUUGAAUUUCAGUAUUCCAGUUCAUGAUUAAAUUAUUGAUGAUCAACAGAAUUAAUCAUAGAAAACAGGGACUAUUGAAGAUAAUAAAUAAACAGAGGAUAUAGAAGAGAAAAAGUAAAUUAAAAUAGAUGAUGAGUCUGAGGAUGAGAUUGAAAUAGAUGAAGCAUUCAUGCAUGAAGAUAUACGACCGGAGUGGGAGAAAUCAUAACUGAUUCAGAAUUAGGAUGAAUUCUAUAAGGAAUUGCUAGACUUUGUAUUACGAUGUGAAAUGUGGAGUUCUCAAUUACAUCCCUACAUGGUCACUUUUAAAGAUGAUGCUUAACACGAAAGGAUUAAUGAAAUUAAUGGAUUACAUUUUUUUUAUAGGGAUGAAUGGUAAUUUGAUACAAAGAAAGGAUAUUUGAAAUUUUUCAAUACUAAAAAAUUGGAAGCCUAGAAAAAAGUGUUCAAAUACAUUUUAAGCAAAAUGGGAUCCAAUAUAUUGAAAGGUAAAUCCAUCUUAAGUGUUUCUCUUCCAGUCUACGUUUUUGAGAAGAGAACUAAUUUAUAAAGAUUUGGGGCCUCAUUUGCUUAUGCUCCACAUUUCCUAGAGAAUGUGCCAAAUGAUCCAGUUUAGUAGAUGGGAGCAGUGAUAGCAUUUUCACUCUCAUUUACUAUAAUCUAUCUGAAUCUUGAAAAGCCGUUCAACCCAAUUCUAGGAGAGACUUGUUAAUUAUGGAUUAAGGGAUGUCCAGUUUACUUAGAAUAAAUUAGUCAUCAUCCUCCAAUUGCUGCAUUUAUUAUGUAUGGUAGGGGUUAUAAAAUAUAUGGUAAUUUGGAAUCGACAGCCAGCAUAGGGGCAAAUACAAUAACAGGAGGCAAUGAAGGUAGAAUUGUAAUAGAAUUUAGUGAUGCAAAGAUUGAGUAUAGUUAUUGUAAGGGUUAUGUGACUGGUAUCACUUAUGGAGAUCGUUAUUUUUACACUGAAGGACAAUAAUUAUAUAUCGAUCAUAAGAAUCAAAUUCUGAGUGAAUUGUAUUUCAACCCUUAAAAGAAGGGAAAAACUCAAUGUGAUUACUUUGAGGGUAAAAUAUACAAAGUGAACCAGACUAUACUAUAGAAGUACAAAAAGGAUGGUAAAUUAAAAAUGUCUAAUCAAUAGGCCUAAGUGUUGGCUGAAGUUGAAGGAAACUGGUAAUAAGAAGAAGUUAUGAAGUUUAAUGGCAAAACCAUGUUCAAUUUGAUGAAAGAUUUUCCAUUCUAAUGCAAGCCUGAGAGAUUUCCAUUGGCUUCCGAUUCGCAAUAUAGAGAAGACCUAAUAGGAUGGUAAUUAGAUGAUUUUGAUUUGUCCAUGAAAUACAAAGAAGAAUUGGAAGAAAGAUAAAGAAAAGAUAGAAAACUGAGAAAAUGA